AUGGCCCCCAGUCCCCGGCAGCCCUUCAGUGGGCAGGGGGUGCGAAGAAUCUCCGGAUCGAAUGUUGGUGGAAGUGUCACCCUUCGGGUAGGCACAGUGAACGUUGGGACAAUGAAGGGAAGGAGUGCAGAAGUGGCGGACAUGUUGAAGAGAAGGAAAGUUGAUGUGUGUGGGUUUCAGGAGGUAAGGUUUAAAGGUGAAGGUACGAGAGUCAUAAAGGGUGAAGAUAAUGGAGCGAGAUUUAAGUGGUUUUGGAAGGGAAACGGAAGUGGCACGAAUGGUGUUGGCUUUGCGAUAAGAGAGGAUUGGGCGAAGUCGGUUGUAGCAGUGAAGAGAGUUUCGGACAGAGUCCUGAGAGUUGAUGUAGUUAUUGAGGCCGAAGUUGUGAGUUUCGUUGUGGUGUAUGCUCCGCAGGUUGGACGAAGUGCGGAGGAGAAGGAAAAGUUCUACGACAGCGUGUAUAGAGUGAGAGCAGACAUUAGAGGGCGAUGUGUGAUGCUUGGUGAUUGGAACGGUCAUGUGGGAAGCGUAAGAAAAGGAUACUGUGCGCAUGGAGGUUUUGGAGUUGGUGAUAUGAAUGCUGAAGGCGAGGCGAUAUUGGAGUUAGCAGCGAGUUGUGGGAUGGUGGUAGUGAAUACGUGGUUUAUAAAGGAAGAAAGCAAGCUUGUGACGUAUGAAUCUGGUGACAGUAGGACGGUUGUGGAUUAUAUACUGGUGAAUGAAGAAGAGAGGAAAAACGUGAAGGAUGCAAAGUGA